AUGGUAAAUGAAAUUGGGUUGUCAAUCAACAGAAAAGAAUUGUUGGGUUGGGGCUAAGUCAGGAAACUAUUGAUAUAAGCCUUAGCCAGACACAUCAGUUGCAUGCAUGUUAAAGUUGUCAUUUUGUUGGAUUGGAUUGCAUGAGUCAGGACUCAGGACACCAUUUCUGGUUGAGAUGUUUUCCUCGUGAUUCCAAAUCACUAAAGUUCCAAGUGGCAACUUGGUGUGUGACUCUGUACAGUGUACACACACUGACUAGUCUGAAGAAUACAAAUUGAAAUUGGCGUGAUGGUGGGUUAGGUAGUUUCUUAAACUCUGCAGUGCCACAAUUUAAGGAAUAAGGGGAUUUCUUUCUUUCGGCUUAGUUUGUUGGAGAGGGAACUUCGCUUGCAUAUCUCUCUCUUUACAUUUUCUUCAGCAAAAAUGGUGACUAAAACGGUCGAUCUCCGAUCUGACACUGUCACUAAACCAACCGAAACAAUGCGGGCUGCAAUGGCAUCUGCUGAAGUUGAUGAUGAUGUACUGGGAAAUGACCCAACCGCAUUCCGCUUAGAAUCAGAGAUGGCAAAGAUCACGGGCAAGGAAGCAGCCCUUUUUGUUCCAUCAGGGACAAUGGGAAACCUCAUCAGUGUGCUUGUUCAUUGUGACAUUAGAGGAAGUGAAGUAAUUCUUGGACAUAAUUCCCACAUUCAUAUUUAUGAGAAUGGAGGCAUCUCAACAAUUGGAGGUGUGCACCCCAGAACAGUCAGAAACAACAAAGAUGGAACAAUGGAUCUUGAUUCAAUUGAAGCCGCCAUCAGGGACCCGAGAGGGGAGCUUGUGUAUCCGACGACGAGGCUCAUCUGCUUGGAAAAUUCACAUGCAAACUGCGGUGGUAGAUGCCUGACUGCAGAGUACACAGACCGAGUGGGAGAAAUAGCCAAGGAGCAUGGUUUGAAGCUUCACAUUGAUGGGGCUCGCAUUUUCAAUGCAUCAGUUGCACUUGGUGUUCCUGUUGAUAGGCUUGUGCAAGCUGCUGAUUCAGUUUCGGUAUGUCUGUCAAAAGGUAUUGGUGCUCCUGUUGGAUCUGUCAUUGUUGGUUCCAAAAGCUUUAUUACUAAGGCUAGAAGGCUCAGGAAAACCUUAGGAGGUGGAAUGAGACAGGUUGGUAUCCUUUGUGCUGCUGCUUUGGUCGCUUUACAUGAGAAUGUUGCAAAGCUUGAGACCGAUCACAAGAGAGCUAAAAUUUUAGCAGAGGGACUAAAUCAAAUCAAAGGACUAAGAGUAGAUAUUGAUACCGUUGAGACCAACAUUAUAUAUAUUCAUGUUGUAGAGGGGUCAAAUAUUAGUGCAGAAAAACUACUCAUGAACUUGGAAGAACACGGUAUACUCAUGAUGCGUGAGAGCUCGUCAAGCGUUAGGAUUGUUCUCCACCACCAAAUUUCGGCAAGUGAUGUGCAAUACACUUUAUCAUGCUUUCAGCGAGCUCUGACUGGAGGCCAUGAUGAAAAUAAUGGAAACUAAUGGAGAUAUAGGACAACAACACAAGCUCUCCACCCUUCUCUCUCUGUGUGUCUCCAACAUGAGAUUUCCAUCUACUUCUUUGAACAUGCAAUAAUUCACUCUUUGCCAAACUUGGAAACUUCUCUGUGCUAGUUUCAUUUGUAAGGUUUUAUGGUGGCAGAAUUUAUGUAUUUUCUUUUCUUUUUUCAUGUAUAUAACAUGAAAAAUCAAAGUUCCAGUCAUCCUGCGUCUUAACAUUUGACUUUCUCUAUUAAAAGGUAUGACUUAUAAUAAUGGAAAGAAUUAAAGACCCAA